CCAGACUAUAUUAGAAUUUUCUGCUGUGUACUUUUUGGGAUAGUGCGCGCAUUGAUUAUUGUACCACUCUCCUGAUCGCCUACACAUUCUGUUACAAAUGUGUUACAUGUAUUUCAAAAUAAGAUUGUACGCGAUGGACCAAAAACCACUGUACUGAAACUUAAAAGAGCAUCCAUGUUGGCCUAGUUUGGUCGAUUUUAAUGCCAAAUUUAAUGAAACGAAUGAAUACCUUUGAGUUUGACCUAAUGUGUAAUCAUUAGUUCGUGAGUCAUCGAAGAUUGUAUUUAUCAUUUUACUGUGACACUAGCAGACUAGUCAUACUUUGCGAAGGCAAACAGACCAACUUACUUCCUAUUUGUAUGCGUUUGUCAACAUCAUGGGUCUCUUUGGAAAAACACCACAAAAGGAUCCCAAAGAACAGGUUCAAGAAUGGACAAGGUCUUUGAACAGAGAGACAAGAAAACUGGACAGACAAAUCCGAUCCAUUGAAAGGGAAGAGAUGAAAGUGAAAAGGUCAUUGAAAGAUGCUGCGAAGAAGGGUGAAAAGGAUGUUUGUAAGAUCCUGGCCAAGGAAAUCGUCAACUCUAGGAAAGCCGUCAAAAGGAUCCAUACUUCAAAGGCGCAGAUCAACUCAGUCAGCAUGCAGAUGAAGAACCAGCUGGCCCUGAUCAGAAUGUCUGGUGCCCUACAGAAGAGCACCGACGUCAUGAAGAUCAUGUCGCAGCUGUGCCGGGUCCAAGAAGUGCAGGCCACGAUGAUGGAGAUGUCCAAGGAGAUGAUGAAGGCGGGCAUCAUCGAGGAGAUGGUGGAGGACACCUUUGAGUCCCUGGAGGAUGACGAGAUGGAGGAGGCCACUGAGCAGGAGGUGGAGAAGAUUCUGUUUGAAAUUACGGCAGGUCACCUGGUUGAUGCCCCCAAAGCCGUAAAUGAUGACCUUCCAGUGGCUGGAGCAACGGCCAUCUCAGAUGAAGAACCAGAAGAGGAUAUCUCUGAGAUGCAGGCCAGACUGGAAGCACUCCGGAGCUAGGAUGGUGAAUCUGUGUCAGUUUGAUACAUCCAUAUCUUGUGUAAAUAUGACAAAAGUAGUCAGGAGUUUUGCUACUUUUAUCUGCUCUACAAGACAAUAGCAUGCGUAGAAUUAAGAAAGCAUGUGUGAUAACAAGAUGGAGUCCUUGGUCUUUAGGAUUUCGACGUCAAGUACUUAGCAAAGUUGGUCAUUUCCAAACUUACUUAGGACCCCAAAAUCUGCUGGCUGGAAGGAAUAGGUAUGUGUUGGAGAUGUAUACAUGAAUUUCGCUUUUAAAGUAGCUUUGUAAAAUUCUGAGCAUAUGAGUAAAAAGGUGUUCAUAAAAUUUUGAUUUUUUUUAGGCAAGGUACACAAAUUGGGAAUUGCUUCUUCACGAAAAUGCCUAUCUAGUGACUUCAAAUCCAUUUAAUUGUGUACACUGCAUUGUGGAGUGUAAGACAUGGUUAGCAUAUUCUUUUAGAUUCAAAAUGUCUGGUAUGACUUCAUUUGAUUGUGGAGUAACCAGACUACAUGUAAACGAACAGAUGGGCACUCUUAAACAAUUCUUAACAUUAAUUGUUAAAUAGUGUCAAAAAAUUCUGUACAGGUUUACUGAUUCAGUAGGCAAAGAUAAAUAAGCUACACUUCUCAAAAAAAGUAUCAUUGGCAGCUCUCAUUUUUUUAUUGUUUUUCUUUAGGGGGGAGAGACAGUUUCUUUUUUUUCUGUGUAGCCUGGUAUGGUUUUGUGCCAAAAGUUUGAAUCCUCCAAAAGCAACCCCAUGCAAAAGAGACAUCAGCGUUAAUCAGUCAAUGGAAGUUUUCAAUUUUCAACUUGACACUGAAAACUCAAAGAUUUCCAUAGACAUCCUGCUUUAACUUGAUUGCCAACCUGGUGGCUGUUAGACAUGGUACUAGGAACAUAUGAAAUUCUGUUGCUUACUCUCUUUGAGUGCUUUACAAAGGGGAACUGGAGUGGACCUGUGACAUGAUGACAUCGCACUUUGUUUAUGGCAGUGAGGUGGGACACGAUACAUCGUGUCCCUAUGGGAAAGUAUGUAAACAAAGCGUGACAUCGUUAUGCUUUAAGUCUAUUGAUAACUUAAUCCCAAUAAGCAGUGAUGUACUUCUUACUUCAUACCCCAAUUCCAGUGCCUUAGUAAUUGCUAAUUUGUUUUGUAUAGUGAAACAUGGAGUAACUGCAUCUCCCUCCUCUAAUGUCUUAGCACAGCACACUAAUAAACACUGUAUUACAUUUGGUAAUCUGUUACAUAAGGGUUUGUUGCCAUCUGAUGGCUUCAAGAUUUUCUGUCUAGUAUGGAGACUGUGUCAUUCAGGUCCCACACAGUCUUAGCAUGUGGCAGAUUCACGAAGUUCCUAGUAACUAGCCAAAAAGCCAAGGCUUAGGGUCUAGAACACGUUCUAGAGAGGUACAUGUACAUGUAGUUGAAAUUCACUUCUGAAGCUUGAACUUUAAAAAAUUGUUUUGUAUACAUUUUGAGAAGUAAGUUCAUUUGGGACAGAGAUGUAAGGAGGCGACAUAAUAAUGGUUCAAUGUCUUCAUCUUUCUUUGCAUUUAUCUUGACAAGAAAACCCUCUCCAACUCUAUCUGUGUCUGAUUGGAGUGAUCAAUUUUUAGAGUUUGUAUAUACGUGUAAUUAAAAAUGAAUAACUUUACAAUUAGAACUAAUUGAUAUUCGGAUAACAUUAGGCCAAGCGCACAGACUUUAACAAAUGAUUUUACAUGCCACAACUAUCAGAGCAUGGGCCCAUGAGAUGUACAGGUCUAAUUCUUCUCAGAUUACCUUCUUCCUGCUGGGUAACAUUUGCCACUUUUUUGAUUGUAAGUUGAUUGAGAGUGGGCACCAGAUCAGAUAAUUGGUAAUCUUUUCUGAAAUUGUACUGCUUACAGGUACAUUAUAUAGUUUCUACAGUGCUCUGAAAAAAGAAGGGGAAGAUAUUGUACAUUGGCAGAUACAUGUAUGACAACCCGUUUAAUGUAAACACUGAGAGCUAUUGUACUGCAUCAAUGAUGUCAUAGGCUUUGCAUCCAAUCAAGAAUGUCAACAUUAAUUUCCUGGUUGAGUGCCCUUCGGUCAGUUUGUGUGUCGUGAGGGUCAGCUGUGUUUCCUAGUAAUUGUAAAUAUUUGCUUUAUCGCGAGGUUUUGUUGACAUCCAGUUUACGUAGCAAGUAUUCAUCUCAUUGAUUUUUUUUUCAACAAUGGAAUUCCCUUAGACUCUGCUCGAGACAUCUUCACAAAACACUGGAUAGCUAGCUGUGGAAUACUCAUCGUUGAUAUCCUAUUUGGACACCUUUGAAACACAGUUCAAUACAUUUCAAGAGCUCUAUUUUAUAUUUAAAAGUAUUUAUAGACAACAAUUGACAAAAGACAAACCUGUGCAUUGGGAACCAAUCAGGCAAGCUCAAGUCUUAGAAUUGAAUCAUCAAAUUUAAUGAAGUUGUAAGAGGGAAUUUCGCAUUUCAUUGCUUUACUUUUGUGUUGUUAAUUCUUUUAAAUUUCAAAUAAAAUAAAAUUUAUUACCAAAAAGGA